AUUGUGCGAGAUUCUGUGAAGUUGUGGUGUUUCAUGCUAGAAUUUCACUUCAAGGAAAAUCUGUAUUUCUUCAACAAGGUGUUGAAGAAGGAGUACCGCUAUAUGCCACAUCCUGUAGAGGAUGACAAUCAGCCUGAUUCCAAUGGCAUUACACAAUCAAUGCUUGAGUUCUCAUGGGAACACGACGUUGGACCUAAGGCCCAGAAGAUCGACUGGAAGGAUGAUUUGAAUAAUCUCACCAAGCUGCACCCACAGGUGAUGGAUGAUGAUGAUGAUGAUAUGUUAUUCAAGGGAGGCAGUUUCUUUAACUUCUUUGAGAAUGAAGAUGAUCUGUACCAUAUUGGCAUGCUCAUCACAAAUAUUAUAUUCCCAGAGGUGAUCAAUUACUUUCUGAGCCAGGCUGGAAGCCACAACAUGGUGGAAGAUGACGAUCAUGAAGACAACAUUUACCUAGAGGAGUGA